AUGAGAAAGAUAAGAGGUUUCAAGAUUGGAAAACGGUUGGUCAGGAUCUCCCGAUGGAUCUUCCGGCGGACCCGUAGCCCAUCCAGUUACAAUCGGCUAUGUUCGCAGGGACAAACGUGCAGGCCCAAGCCUCUCGCGAAGCUUAUAAAGUGGGGUCGCCGCUUGACAACAGGAGCAAAAUCUCUGUGUUCUGCAAAACCCGGGUCGGGUUACACUCCUUUGGUCGAGGAGCCUAUCCAUGAAAAGUCGGUGACAGUGCCAAAGGGACAUUUGGCGAUUUAUGUGGGUCAAAAGGAUGGUGAUUUCCACAGAGUUUUGGUGCCCGUGAUUUACAUAAACCAUCCUCUGUUUGGCGAGCUUUUGAGAGAAGCAGAAGAGGAGUAUGGGUUCAAUCAACAAGGUGGCAUCACGAUUCCAUGCCGAUACUCGGAGUUUGAAAGGGUCCAAACCCGAAUUGCAGCAGGGUCGGGUGGACGUAAGCUGGCGUCGAAACGCAACCAUAAUUGGGGACUUUUAUGAGAUGAUGACGAUAAUGUUCAGAUGAUUGUGAUGUUUAGAAUUGCUGGUGUUAACUAUGGAGCGGUUGGCUCCCUCUUUUUUUUUUUUUUAACUUUUUCAAAGGCCUCUCCUUUCUUUUCUUUUUUUCUCUAUUAGUUGUAAAUUGAUAUGGUUAUGUCAUUUAGUUUGCUGUUUU